CUGCGGGAGGGGAGCACUGCGCUCUGCGGCCGCUUCCUGCUCCCUGCCCGGCCCGGGGAGCGGCGGCAGCCCCUGGCCCUCAGCUCCCGGCGGGGAGCCGGCCCCUUCCCGCGGGGGGCGGCAGCGCCAACCCUGCCGUGUGACAGCCGGGGGGGGACGCUGCUGCCUCGGCGAGCCCGGCUGCGGCAGCCGCGGCUGCAGCCAUGUGUUUCUCCGCCUGCCCGUGACACAAUAACACGGGAAGCGGCGCGGGGGGGAUCCGAGCCUGCCGAGGGGACAAGUGACCUGUCCCGCUCAGGUGAGCGGAGCGGCGGUGGAGGCUGCAGCUGCGCCCCCAGACCCGGCCACAAGCUCUGCAGCCGCCGGGGCCAGGCGGGAGGUGGCAGCGCGGGGGGCAGCGGGUCCCGGCCCCCCUCACCCGCGGUGCUGUGCUCGCAGGCCGGCGGCGAUGGAGGAGGGCAUGAGCAGCAUGCAGCAGAAAGCGGCGGAGCUGGAGCACAUGGCCGAGGUCCUGCUCACCGGCGAGCAGCUCCGGCUCCGACUGCAUGAAGAAAAAGUCAUUAAAGAUCGGCGACACCACCUCAAGACGUACCCGAACUGCUUUGUUGCCAAAGAGCUGAUCGACUGGCUGAUUGACCAUAAGGAGGCCUCUGACCGAGAGACGGCAAUUAAACUGGUGCAGAAAUUACUGGAUCACAGCAUUAUCCACCAUGUCUGUGAUGAGCAUAAGGAGUUCAAGGAUGUCAAACUGUUCUAUCGCUUCCGAAAAGACGACGGGACAUUUCCACUGGACAAUGAGGUGAAGGUGUUCAUGAGAGGACAAAGACUGUAUGAGAAGCUGAUGAGUUCUGAAAAUACUCUUCUGCAAGCCAGGGAAGAGGAAGGAGUGAAGUAUGAACGGACCUUCGUGGCAUCGGAGUUCAUCGACUGGCUGAUCCAGGAGGCAGAGGCCACGACACGGACUGAAGCAGAGCAGCUUGGCCGCAGACUUUUGGAGCAUGGGAUUAUACAGCAUGUGUCCAACAAGCACCAUUUUAUGGACAGCAACUUGCUUUACCAGUGCAGAAUGAAUUUCCGCCGCCGACGGCGAUUAAUGGAGCUCCUCACUGAGAAAUCUCGCUUGAUGCCAGAAAGCCAUGACAGCCCAUUUUGUCUGCGCAAGCAGAACCAUGACAACAGAAAACACACCAGUUUUCUCUCAGUGAGUCCCACCAAGGAGAUAAAGAUCGUGUCAGCAGUACGGAGAAGCAGCAUGAGUAGCUGUGGCAGCAGCGGGUACUUCAGCAGUAGCCCAACGCUCAGCAGCAGUCCCCCAGUGCUCUGCAACCCCAAAUCUGUCUUAAAGAGACCUGUGACUGCUGAUGAGCUCUUGAUGCCUGGAGCCCCAUAUGUCAGAAAAACCUUUACGAUUGUGGGCGAUGCUGUGGGCUGGGGCUUUGUAGUGCGGGGCAGCAAGCCCUGCCACAUCCAAGCUGUGGACCCCAGUGGGCCAGCAGCUGCAGCUGGCAUGAAGGUUUGCCAAUUUGUUGUAUCUGUCAACGGCCUCAAUGUUCUCCAUGUGGAUUACAGGACAGUGAGCAACCUCAUUCUGACUGGCCCUCGAACAAUUGUGAUGGAAGUCAUGGAAGAAAUAGAGUCCUGAGAAGGAGAAAAACCUCUUACUGGACAUACUUGUGAGAGAAACAGUGGCAACCAUGGAGCGGCAUGACACAAGGAGGCAGAACAUUGCUGUGUCUACAUAGAUGAUUUUGCUUUUAGGGGAGGGGGGCUCUUUCAUUUAACAAUAAUAGCACUGGUGAUUAUGCUAAGAAGUGAACAAUAGAUACCAGCGUAUUUCCACUUUUUUUUUUUGCUCUAUGGAGACAAGGUUGAGGCCUUUAGGUUGUCUGUCCAGCCAUGUCUGCAUUGGUCAGAAUGGUUUCCUACCUAAAGAGGCUGUGCAGAUUUCAUCACAGUCCAUCAUUGGAGCAAAGCACUUGAAGAGAUGAAAGAACCAAACACUGUGCGGUCAAGAUGACAGGGAUAGUCUGCAUGACAUUUACAUAGGUAAACAUCAUCCUGGUGUCCAGCUUUGUCCCAGGAGCACGUGCUGCUGCAAUUUGUCUCUCCCUGGGCUGAGAGACAGCUGACUAAAUGCUAGCUGAUUGCAAUCAAACAGAAACAAACUGCAAAUGCAUGAAAACAGGUGUCCAUUCUCUGUAAAGGAUACUCUGAUAUGAAUGUUUUGGGCCUGAUUGAAUGUGCAGAUUAGUCUAGAAAGAAAAAUCAUGCAAAUGGAAAAGUGUGUGGUACUUUUACAAAAUCUGCCUUUGAAAAUUGGGAUAUUUUUGUUUAGAUGCCUACGCACUGGUUUAGAUGCUCACGUAUAAAAUGUUGAUUUUGGUUUAUUUCCUUAUCUGGAAAGGAAGGAUGUCUUGGCCUUGCAGUUCAUCACUUUGGAGAAAUUUUGGGCACCUUUAUUACUAGGAGAAGUACAACAUUUGGCAGGUCGAAGUGGGAAAUUCACAGGGUUGGCAUUAGCAGUGGUACAUGUAGAUGCUCUAAAUACAUCCAGAGAAAGUACACUUCAAAUUGAAGCAAUGUACUUGAAUGUACAUUAAGCUUGUUAGCACUUUCUAGUCAUCAAAUGUUUUGCAAACUACCAACUUGCCAUGAGUUGCAUUUGACACUAUGACUAAUAAAACAUAGUAUUUAACUGACUCUUAACUCUUUUUCAAACAGUAGUAUUUCUUCAUUGGUGAAUUCGUGAGACAAAUCUGGUUUAAAAAUGUAUAUACAAAUGCCAUAUUCUGCGGAGUUAGGUGGCUCCUCAACUCAAUCAUGAACGGACUGCUUGGGUUUUUUUGAUCUUUGAACUGCAUAAAUGCAUCCUUGUGCACAAGCUUACAAAUAUAUAUUGCAGACUUCCUCUGCUAUUCUAAAUUUUGCAAUUAAAGCUUGACUUUCUCUAUGAUCAUACCACAACUUGUUCACUUACAGGGUAGGAAAAGUAUUUUUUCUUCAAAUAAUUUUGAAAUGUUUUAUAUUAAAAAUUGUUCUCGCUAAA